AUGGCGAUGUACGUUGAGCCACGUUCUGAUACGGAACAAUUUUUAGUCAAUGGACGUUUACAGAUGGUCUUGGAUAUGGAAACGGGUGAUCCUGAUGAUUUUGUCACAUUGAUAUUUCUCCUUGGUCAUCCAUUAGUACAUUUGAAAGCUGUAACAAUCGUUCCUGGUACACCUGAUCAAAUUGGUUUCAUUCGAUAUGCUUUAAAGCGUUUUAAUCGUCAUGACAUUCCAGUCGGAGUGUUUGAUAUAAAUGCUAAAGCAGCUCUUUCGAAAUUUCAUUUGAGGAUUUACAAAAAUGAAACAAUUGAGGAAUCUCGUGAUGCUUUAGAUGGAAGUGAAGUUCUUCUUAAAUAUUGUGAUGAACAAACGAUCUUAGUAUGUGGUGGACCGUUGAAAAAUGUGGCAAAAGCGAUCAAAACAGGUCAGUUGAAAUUAGGUCGUUUAGUUGCACAAGGUGGUUUUGCCGGUGAUAAUGUCGUUCCAAAAGAAAAACGUUUGAGAAAAUUUCAAGGAAGAACAACAUGUCCAACAUUUAAUCUUGGUUCGGAUUACAGAGCAGCAAAAAUCGUUUUGGAUUAUGCCGGAAUUAAAGAGAAAUAUUUCGUUUCGAAAAACGUUUGUCACGGUGUCGUUUACACGUUGGAAACACAUGAACGAUUAGCAUGGGUUAAAAAUCAUAGUCAAUCAUUACAAGAGAUUUAUCAUAUCAUCUGCGUGUUGUGCAAUCGAUCUUUCAAUUGGCGAAUGGAAAGAUGUGAAAUUAUACAUGGAUGA